UCUCUCUCUCCAUCUUUCUUGACUACACUGCUCGUUACAGUGCUCGCAGCUCGUGCAAACUCCCAAAAAAUGUGCGAUCUUCAAGCCUCGACGAAUCGAAGCUUCCUUUUUUCUCACACCCCUUUUCCGGAUUCCACCCGUGCCUUCCGUUUCGGCCUCGUUUCUCUCGCGACCCGAAGUUACCAGGUGUGGCCACGACUAUGAUUUCUCCUGGAAAGUAUGAGUGGUGAUAGCAAUCUUUCACCAAACAACAAGGCCUUCCCACCCAGCCAUAACCUCAAUAUCUCAGUAGAACAAGGUUCUCCAGACAGCGAGGAACUAAUUGAGGAAGAAGCCCAUGUCCUUGAGAUUGAUGGCGAUGAGAUUGAGAAUGAUAGCGAGGAAGAACUUGAAUUGAAUGAUGGUGAACAUGAGCUUGAGCUGAAUGACGGCGAGCAAGAUCUUGAAUUGAAUGAUGGCGAGCAAGUGCUUGAGUUGAAUGGCGUUGAGCAGGGGCUUGAGAUUUUGGAGGAGGAGGAAGAAGAAAUUGUGGGGGAUGGUUCAGUUGGCACUGAUGUUCAUAAUGGCACAUCUGAUGUAAAGGAAUACCCUCCACCUUUUGUAGGAAUGGAGUUCGAUACAUAUGACGAUGCUUACAAUUAUUACAAUACGUACUCAAAGGAACUUGGGUUUGCUAUUAGAGUGAAGUCUUCAUGGACUAAGCGGAAUAGCAAAGAAAAACGCGGUGCAGUUCUCUGUUGCAACUGCGAGGGUUUCAAAACUAUCAAAGAAGCAAGCAGUCGAAGAAAGGAAACACGGACAGGUUGUCUGGCAAUGAUAAGGUUGAGACUAGUUGACUCCAACCGGUGGAGGGUAGAUGAAGUCAAGCUUGAGCACAACCACUCAUUUGAUCCUCUUAGAGCAAAAAACUCGAAGUCACAUAAGAGGAUGGAUGCUGGUGCUAAGCAUAAACUGGAACCAAAUCUCGAUGUGGAAGUCCGAACAAUCAAACUGUAUCGAACGCCAGUCAUAGAUACUAUGGGUUGUGGAAGUUCAUACUCCUGUGAGAGAGAAACCGGCUUUGACAGGGCCAAGCGUUUAAAGCUUAAUAAAGGAGAUGCUCAAGUGAUGCAUGAUUUCUUCAAUCAAAUGCAGCUUGUAGAUCCAAAUUUUCUUUACCUGAUGGAUCUUGGCGAUGAAGGGUAUUUGAAGAAUGUAUUUUGGAUUGAUUCGAGGUCCAGGGCUGCCUAUGGGUACUUCAGUGAUGUGGUUGUGUUUGAGACAAUGAACCUGUCAAAUAAUUGUGAGAUUCCUCUCUUUGCAUAUGUUGGAGUUAAUCACCAUGGGAAUAAUGUGUUGCUUGGCUGUGCUUUGAUUUCAGACUCAAGCUUAGAGACAUAUAUAUGGCUAUUUAGGGCAUGGCUUACAUGCAUGUCAGGUCGACCUCCACAAACUAUCAUUACUGAUCAGUGCCAGGCCAUGCAAAGUGCAAUAGCUGAGGUCUUUCCAAGGGCUCACCAUCGUCUCUCGCUGUCAUAUGUGAUGCAGAGCAUUCGUGAAAAGGUGACAGUUUUGCAGGAGUCUGAGGCAUUUCUCACGUUGCUGGAUAGCACAGUUUAUGACAUUCCUAGAGUUGAGGAGUUUGAGACGGCCUGGGAAGAAAUUAUGCGGCGUUUUGGCAUCAAGGAUCAAGAGUGGCUUCAGGCAUUGUAUGAAACUCGAGAGAGAUGGGCCCCAGUUUACUCGAAGGACACUUUUUUUGCCGGACAGAACGGUUUUCACAGAGGCAAUUCUAAGAGUCUGUUCUUUGAUGGUGAUGUGCUUCAGCAGACUUCUUUGAAAGAAUUUCUCUUGGCAUAUGAAUCGUUCUUGCAACAGAAGAAGCAGAAGGAACUUCUUGAUGAUUUGGAGUCUAGGGACUUAAGUGCCAUGUUGAAAACAUCAUCUCACUAUGAGUUGCAGCUCUCCAAGUUGUAUACUAAAGCAAUCUUUACCAAAUUCCAAGAUGAAGUUGUGAUGAUGUCUUCUUGCCUUGGUGUAACGCAAGUUCAUGCGAGUGGGCCGAUUGUGACAUACUCGGUGAAAGAAAGAGAUGGUGAUGGUGAUCUGGAAGAUGUCAGGCACUUUGAAGUCAUAUAUGACAAAGCGGGAACCGAAGUUCGUUGCAUCUGUAGCUGUUUUAAUUUCAAGGGCUAUUUAUGUAGACAUGCAUUAUGCGUGCUUAAUUACAAUCAGGUGGAGGAGAUUCCUUUCCAGUAUAUAUUGUCUCGGUGGAGGAAGGAUUUUAAGCGCUUGUAUGUACCGGAAUUUGGGUCCAACAAUAUUGAUGUUAGCAACCCGGUUCAGUGGUUUGACCAUUUGUAUAGGAAAGCCAUAAGGGUUGUGGAGGAAGGGAUGAUGUCCCAGGAUCAUUAUAUGGUUGCUUGGCAAGCAUUUAAAGAGUCUUUGAAUAAGAGAUGAUGAAGAGCUCCGCAUUGGCGAAGAGAUUGGAGGCAAGCUUCUGCGAGCAAUUGGAAGCUCCAAAAUCUGGAUACCAAUCUUCUCUAAAGGCUAUGCUUCCAGCAAAUGGUAUCUCCAAGAACUUGUGCACAUGGUGGAAUGCAAGAGAAGCUUGAAAGAGAAGGAGAUUUUGCCCAUUUGCCACAACGUGGAGGCGUCAAAUGUCAAGCUUAGAACAGAGUUGUACAAUAAUGCCCUGAAGGAGCACGAGGAGAAGUUUGGUGAUGAGAAGGUGCAGCAGUGGAAGGAGGCUCUGAAAGGGGUUGCUAGGAUCAGAGGAUGGGACAUAAAUGAUAGAGCAAAUUGGCGGUCAAGUUGAGCUUAUCAAUGCAAUUGUUCAAGAGGUAUUAAGUAAGCUGAAAACAAGGCAGAGGAGUUUGCCUGAUCAUUUCCUCGGAAUGGACGAUCAAGUGGAAGCUGUGAUGGGUUUGUUGGACACCUACUCCAUGAAUGGAUAGUCAGUUGUAAUCCACGGUAUGGGUGGGAGUGGCAAAACAACUCUUGCCAAGGUCAUCUUCAACAAAAUAUAUUCUCAGUUUGAAAGCUGUAGUUUCCUCUCAAACAUGCGAGGAUCAUCACAAUGGUGCGACAUUGUGAAAUUGCAAAAACAACUACUGUCUGACAUUCUGAAGUUAAGAUCCAUAGAAAUCAAUGACAUUGGCGAUGGGAUAAACAUGCUCAAAGAAAGAUGUCUUAUCGUUCUUGACGACAUUGAUAAUGGGGACCAACUCAUAAACCUAGGAGGAAAGUCUGAUUGGUUGGGUUCGGAUAGUAGGAUUAUCAUACAACUAGAGACACAAGUUUUCUGGCAGCUGAAGAGGGGAGACACAAAUUUUAUGAAAUGAGGCUAGUGUGUCCCAAAAAUGCUCUUCAACUUUUCAGCAUGUGCUUCCUCCACAUGAUUUAAUUGAUCUUUCAACCAAAGUUGUUGCCACUAUGGGAGGACUUACUUUGGCUCUUGAGGUUGUCGGCUUGUUUCUUCGCCGAAGAGGCGACGUGAUAUGGAAAGACACACUGAAGAGGUUACAGAAAAUGCCUCACUAGUCCAGAAAAAGUUGGUGAUUAGUUAUGAAGCAUUAGAGGACGAGGAAAAACAAAAUUUUCUUGAUAUCGCAUGUCUCUUCACCAACGAACGAAAGGGUGACACAAGUCAUUUGUGGGAAGCUUGCGAAUUUUAUCCAGAGAGUGGAAUUAUUGUCCUUAUGCAUAUGUCUUUGAUAAAGAUUAUUGACCAUGAUAAAAUAUGGAUGCAUGACCAACUCAGAGACCUUGGAAGGGAGAUUGUCCACCAAGAAAACCGCCAAAGGCUGGGAAGACGGAGCAGGUUGUGGUCUCCUGAGGUUGCUCUAAAUGUAGUCCUGGAAAAGGAGGGAACUGACAAGGUAGAAGCACUCAGUCUUGAGGCACCAAGUCAAAUCGAAUGUGAACAAAUUGCAAGGCUGGUAAAUCUAAGAUUCCUUAAAUUAGUUGGGGGAAAACUCAUGGGAGACUUUGAGAAUACUUUCUCAAACUAGAGAUGGCUCCCUUGGUAUCAUUGUCCAGCAGAAUUUCAGGCAACCAACCUUAAAUUGAGGAAUUUGGUUGUCCUCAAGCUUUCAGGAAUUGACAUAACUGAAUGCCGGCGUGGAUGGGAUCAUAGCAAGGUAUAUAGUCAUUUAGUGUGCGGCUGCAUUAUUAAUAUUUGCUCUUUAUGAGUUUUAGUUGUUUUACAGGUGGCAGAACAUUUGAAAGUUCUAAGUAUCACAGGCUCUGGAUACUUAACGAGAGUGCCUAACUUCUCUACAUUCUCAAAAUUAGAGAAAUUGAUUCUUGAAGAUUGCAAAAGGUUAGUUGAGAUUGACAGCUCCAUCGGGAGGUUGGAGUGCCUAGUUUACUUGGAAAUUAAUGGAUGGGUAUGGAGAAGUUUCCUGCAGGCUCUAGUUUGAUAUUGGAACUUGCAACAAGACUUAAUAGAAAGAGUUCAGUCUUAGCUGGAGAAUUGAAUUCACUGAUAGAGUUACCUGAUACAAUUGGAAACUUGAAAAGAUUGAAGGUAUUGAGGGUAAAACAUGUCAAGAUAGGGAAGCUACCGGACUCAAUUGGUGGACUGGAGUCACUUCUUGAAUUGGAUAUGUCUGGUACAGAAAUUACAGAUUUACCUGAAUCUAUUAGAGAUCUUACAGGGUUAAAGGUAAUAAGGAUGAGUUGCAGCAAGAUACGAAAGCUACCGCACUCGAUUGGGAGAGUAGAAUCAUUGCUCCAUUUGGAUCUCUCUCUCUCUCACAGAAAUUACAGAUUUACCAGAUUCUAUUGGGAAUCUUAAAUUGUUGAAGGUGAUAAAUCUGGGUGGGACUGAAAUAAGUCAGCUACCGAAGGCCAUUGGGAGGAUCGGGAAUCUUGAAAAGCUGCUUGCCAGUUGGCGUUUAUAUUUAUGGGGAGAAAUCCCAAGUGAAAUAUCUUGAUUAUCCUUCUUGAGAUUUUUAAACUUAUAAGGUAGUGGUAUUAGUAAAUUGCCGACAACUAUUGAUCAGCUUACUCAUCUACAAGAACUUCAUUUACAAAAUUGUUGUGAUCUUCAACAGUUGCCAGGGCUUCCCAUGAGUUUAACUACAUUGGACUUUACAUCUUCGACGUUGCAGACAGUACCCGACCUUUCCAACAUGACCAAUUUAGUCGACCUGUCCAUUUCUGAUGGUGCUCAUAUUGAUGUCAGCUCACAAGUGGAAAGAGGGCAAGUAGAAACUGAGAACAUAGAGUGGGUUGUAAGGUUAACCAGACUGGAGAAGUUGGCACUAGUUCCUUCAGAUUCCAUACCACUAAUGUUAACUGAUCUGUCUCCCCUCUCUCGGCUCCAGCAUCUCAGAAUAUCUUUCUUUGACCCCAAUUCUUCGAUGCAAUUACCAUCCAGUCUCAAAAGCCUUACCCUUGUAGGUUUUGAGUCACCCGUAAAAUGGUCAUCUCUUUCCUACUUGGAGAAUUUGUACACUUUGUGAUCCAAAGGUCUGGGCUUAAAGAGAUUCACUUUGAUGAAUCUGGACAGCUAAAGAAUCUCCAGAAAUUGAAAUUGUAUCACUGCAUGUCCCUUAAGAGGCUAUCAUCUUUAUCACACUUGAGGGGGCUCAAGUUUUUGUGUGUCAUGAUGCCCCAAGCCGACUGAAAUUCAGGUUUUGAGAAAUUGGAGAUGUUGCGAGGCCUUAUCAUUCUCAAAUGUGCUUCCAUAGAAAGCCUACCUGAUCUGUCAAGUUUGCACAAGCUGAAGAAGUUGCACAUUGAUGAUUGUAAAUCCCUAAAACAAUUACCCAAGGUGGGAACAUCGUGUGAUCUCAUUGUUGAAUGAUGCCUGUAGGUUAUGUGACUAUAUAGGCCCUCACCAGCUUCACAAAGAUGCAACGAGUGCAGAUCAUUGACUGCAAGAUACCGAUGGCCAACUCUAGAUAGAACAGUGACGCUAUUAAAGUUGAGGAGUUUUCAGUGAGCAAUUAUGGGAGUCUGUGCUUUGAUGGCUACGUGCUCCAGCAGGCUUCAUUGAAAGUCUUUCUCAAGUUGUGCAAACUGGUCUUGCAAAAGAAGCAGCGAAAGAAAGUACUUGAUGAUUUAAGGUCUAGAGACUUAAGUGUUCAAAGCAUGGCACUAGCUCUUGUGAUGAUGUCUUCUUGCCUUCGGGUAACGGAAGGCCUACCAGAAAUAUAUGACAGAAAGCAGGAACUUUCCUUUCCUUCUGUAGCUGUUAAAUUUAAGGCUAUUUAUGUAGACAUGCAUUUUGCAUGCUUAAUCAGAACCAGGAGUUAGAUUCCUUUCCAUUAUAUGUUGUCUUGGUGGAGAAAGGAUUUGUAAGUGCUUGUAUGUACUGGUAUUCAGAUCCAACAACAUUGAUGUCAGCUACCCCGUUCAGUGGUCUGAUAAUUUGUCUGGGAAAGCCACACAGGCUGUGAAGGACGGGAUGUUAUCCCAGGAUCAUUAUAUGGUUGCUUGGCAAAUAUUUGACAGGUAUUUGAAUAA